AACACCGCCAAUGCCACUUGCCCUGUGCUUCCUGAGGACGUGAAAAGUAAUAUUUUGAAAAUGCAGGCAGAGGUUGCCAUGAAGGUGGCAAGCGAUGAUACCAGACUGAAUGAAAAUAACACUAACCUGUUUGACAUGGCAUUCAGGGGAUCAGGAGCCACAGACACCAUUUUAUUGGCGAGCAAAAUCCCAGAGCGACAAGGUUCCUGGGGUCCACUGAAACCCAUUCCAGUUGGCACCCCCUUCAACCUUGAUGACCUGAAUGAAAAGGAGACGGCUCCAUUCGCUCAAGUUCCAAAUCUUCCCUCGACUUCAACUCCCAUAGAACCACCCAGUGACCUUCCAGCUCUAAAGAAUGUUGCUGAGGAUUUGGACAACCUGUUAUCGGCACUGAGCGAGAAUCUGAUCGAUUUCACUGACCCUACACCACUGGGCAGGGUGGUUCCGAAUGGAAUUUUCAGUCGAGAUGUCUCUUCCACUGCAAAGGUACCAAAACCACUUGCCGAACCUGCACUCUUUCCACUUCCACCUCCCUCUCCAGCUCAACAUUCCUUGGAGUCAACAUUUCCAACCAGCAUUACCGCCAAGGCUGUGGAGAAGCCUGUGAAGCCCAAGGGGUUGUUGACAACAGAGUUGUGAGGACUACAGGGCUUACCUUUGACCCAUUUAUGAAAUGAAAAUGACAGUCAAAGGUGGCCUGUCUGCAUUUAGACUCUUAAGAUACUCUAUGCGGAGUAACCCAGCAACAUCAAUGAUCUUCUUUUGUACAAAAUCCAAGCCCCAAACUUCCUCCUUAUCAAAUAAAUGUACGGGGUGGUCGCUGUAGGAACACUGUCCUGGUGGAAUCUUGCUUUUUGUACCCACAACAAAAACAAAAUGGCUUCUAGUCCCUAUUAGAGAAUGUGAAUUUCUCCUAACCCACUGAUGGGUUAAAACUACUGGAAAAUCAAACACAAGUAGAGGAGGCACCUUGAUCAACUACCAGAAUUUCAUUACAAAGAAUAAGACAUGCUUUGCCAGCGAGAGGAAUGGCUUCUGUUGACUACUGAUCCUAAGAACUGCUGUCAGAAGCUGGAGUGACACUAAAGGAAUAAUCCACUGAGUGCGACCAGGGUCUCCAGGGACUGCGGAUUGCAGAUGGAGUUACAACACUGUAGCCCUGAGUCUCCACCCGAAUCUCUCCUUUUGGUGCUUGGCUUUCCACUGGGAGUUACAGAUCACCGGAUCAGUUCUGUGCAACACUUUUGUGAAGAGUAGACGCUGUGGCACCUCGGAUUUUAAAUUCUGAGGCACCACUCAAUAUGUAGAUCCUGGAUCCAACUCCAGUUUAUUGGUGAAGGAUGUCCGGGGUACGGAAGAGUCCAGAGCAGGAUGAUAACACCAGCACAGAUCCUGAAUUACACUGAUUCUUCCCGAGUUUCCUCGCACUCUGGCAACGGGUUUGAGUAACUUUCCAAUUUGAGGUUCUCGGAGGGGUUGGGUGGGGGUUGGCCUUUCAAAGUGGAAGACAAGCUCGGGCCUUAUCGAAACAUUUUUGUCAAUGGUUCAUUCACCUGCGCCAAGUGUUUAGCACCAGUAAAUGUCUGGAGAAUCCUGGAAAGGCCCAGAUGGCUGAUCGACAAUGGUUUCACCUGGUGUUCCUGCACCAGAUGUCAGAAACGUGAAGAUCAAACCUGGCUUGUGAAGAGGACCAAAAAUUGUUGGGUGGGGGAUGGCGGACAAAUGUGACCAUGCAACCU